CCCAAACGACUCCGGCCCGGGCCUCAGUCCGCGGUCUAGAGUUUGAUAGCCGGCUGUUGGAGACGGAAGCGCGUCGGUGUGUCGCUGCCAGCCAGCCAGCCUGUGCCCAAGACCACCACCAUCAUGGGAGACAGUAGAGAUUCCCGCAGCCCAGACAGUUCGUCUGUGUCCUCCCCUCCAUCGGGGCAACGCUCGCCUUCGCUGGUUCCCUCAGCCGCAGCUUCCAUGACCUCCCUACCUCCCAUCACCUCCACCGGGGUCAACAGCCCCAUCAGUAGCAUCGGCUCCCCAUUUUCCGUCAUCAGCUCUUCGCUGGGCUCGCCCUGCUUACCUGGCACGCCAUCAGUGGGCUACGGCCCCAUUAGCAGCCCACAGAUCAACUCAACAGUGUCCAUGUCAGGGCUGCAUGCAGUGAGCAGCUCCGAUGAUGUGAAACCUCCAUUGGGCUUGAAGCAGCUGUCGUCCCACAGCCCAGGGCCGAUGCUUUCCCAGAAACGCCUUUGUUCCAUCUGCGGAGACAGAUCCUCUGGUAAGCACUAUGGUGUCUACAGCUGUGAGGGCUGUAAAGGCUUCUUCAAGCGUACAGUGCGCAAAGACCUUACCUACACCUGUCGGGAUAAUAAAGACUGUAUGGUGGAUAAGCGACAGAGGAACCGCUGUCAGUACUGCCGCUACCAGAAGUGCCUGGCCAUGGGCAUGAAGAGAGAAGUGGCCAAGAUGAACGACAGAUCUGUCCAAGAGGAGCGGCAGAGGAACAAGGAACGAGAUGGCGAGGUGGAGUCGACUAGUGCUGUUAACGAGGAGAUGCCAGUGGAAAAGAUUUUGGAAGCGGAGGUGGCUGUAGAGCAGAAGACAGAGCUUCAUGCAGAUGGAAGCUCAGGCGGCAGCUCUCCCAACGACCCUGUCACCAACAUCUGUCAGGCAGCUGACAAGCAGCUCUUCACCCUGGUGGAGUGGGCCAAGAGGAUCCCUCACUUCUCUGAGCUGCCCCUGGAUGACCAGGUCAUCCUGCUACGUGCAGGCUGGAAUGAACUCCUGAUUGCAUCGUUCUCCCAUCGCUCCAUCUCGGUGAAGGACGGGAUUUUACUGGCCACUGGCCUGCAUGUCCACAGGAACAGUGCUCACAGUGCAGGUGUUGGAGCCAUCUUUGACAGGGCGCACAAUGCCGAGGUUGGGGCCAUAUUUGACAGGGUUUUGACAGAGCUUGUAAGCAAGAUGAGAGACAUGCAAAUGGACAAGACUGAGCUGGGCUGCCUUCGAGCCAUCAUCCUCUUCAACCCAGACGCCAAGGGUUUGUCCAACUCCAGUGAGGUGGAGCUCCUGAGAGAGAGGGUGUACGCAUCUCUCGAGACUUACUGCAAACAGAAAUACCCCGAUCAGCAGGGCAGGUUUGCAAAGCUCCUCCUCCGGCUCCCAGCACUGCGCUCCAUUGGUUUAAAGUGCCUGGAGCACCUGUUCUUCUUUAAACUGAUUGGUGACACACCCAUUGACACCUUUCUGAUGGAGAUGCUAGAGGCGCCUCACCAGCUGACCUAGAAGAGCCAGGUUCGGUCCUGUCAGGACCCGAUGCACACCGGGAUUACCAACACGUCACCCCUAUGUUGGGUUGUUUGCUCUUCUCAUUGGGCCUCACUUAACUGCAGCACCUGCUGGUUUUAAUGUACCAGCCGUCACACACACACACACACACACACACACACAAAACACACGUUCCCCGUCACCGGUCAAUUAUCUUCACACGCACAUGCAGAUCGUAACUUGCAAAUAUUACUUGAUGUGCAACAUAACUAAUACACAGAUAAUGUGGCUCUGAAUGAAACAAUAUGCUAACACACACACUUUUUCGCCAUCUUUUCCCAUGUUCGGUUUCCCACCAUAGGGGUCACGACUCAAGGAAUAUGUGCCCUUUGUAUCACACAUUUACAGUAAAUGUCUUAAUUUUAAGUUAGCCUUCAGUUUUCACAUUUUCAUCUCACAGUGGGUUUCUGCUUCUGCAAAACUGGUAUGCUUCCCCUGUUUUUACUUGGGUUACUUAGUUACACUGCUAGCUGCACUUCUGUGUAUUAUAUCCAUCAGUAGCCAGUUAUUCAUGUAUGGUUUUAGCUUAAAAUCAGGUGCGUAGCAUUUCAAUCAACUGUCACCAUCAAACAAAUUCACUUGUUAUUGGUCAGGAGGUGUCCUAUAAUGGACAGGCAGACACACCCUCCCAGUGAGUUAAUCCAGUCUUGUAAACAUUGAAAGAUUUUAUGCUUUUUUUUUGAAUAUUCAUGCUGAAACUUGUUUUGGGUUUCUAUUUUGAAGUACUGUACUCAUGAAAUGAGAGCUUUUUCCAAGGCAUUGAAAUCCAGGAAAAGGGGGGUGGGAGCACUAUGUUGAAUAGACAAAAUUUGUCCCUCCCACCCUGAUGCGCACAGCGGGCUUUGUAAGACAAGAAGAAUGACUUGAAUUAUUUUUUUUCUCUCCUAGUUUUGAUUUUAUCCUUUUCUCUACUUUGGCAGUUGGUUGGCAUUUUAAACAGCUUGAGGCUCACAGGGAUGCGAGACAAACCAUAUUUGUUGGUCUUUUAUUUCCCCUAAAUCCUUCCUUCGCUGGUGGUCAUUUAUGCACUUUUGUGAGUUGUAACUGUAAAUGUUCCUGUUUCCUAGAAAUGACCAUCUAGUCUCAGACACCUAAGAUGACCCUGAAGGUACUAUGUGUAGGGUUUUGUCAUUAUUGCUUCAUGAUCAAAGCAGAUGUGAUGAUUUGUUAUAGAACCUGAUAAAUAAUUGGCCACUUCCUGUACAGGUGAUAAUCAGGUUUGGGAAUUAACGCCAAUCACCAGUCGAAUGGUUGAAAAUUGAAGCUUGCAGUAGGUGUGUUAGUCUGUCGUUACACCCAGUCCAGCUGAAAAUCUAUUAUUCUUGAUAGGUUGCUCUUUUUUUCCCAAAAUUUACAAAAGAGAAGAAAAACUUUACUGAGCUCUUUGAACAGUUCUGUGUUUAAUUGGCCAGCGUUUUCCCCCACUGUUCAGUCAGACUAUUGAAUUAAACAUAUGUCUGACAUAUGAUUUCUCUACUUGAAACAAAAAACAGCAGCAGAGAUGGGAAAUGUAAGAACCAGCUGAAAUUAUCUGACAGUGGCAAUAAUGCAACAUUUAGCCUGUUAGUCAGUUCGUGUCAAAUUUGGCUUAUCUGCAGAACGUUCGCAGCCCACCGCUCGUGAAUAAAUCACUGGCUGUGGCCACAGAUUGGUAAACAAUGCUCCGGUGUUUGAAUUACAAAAAGACCUCUUGCGUGUCAUGUUACUGUAAUGCAAUAAUGAAAUAAGUCAGUGUUAUAUAAUGGAAAUCCUACACCUACUACCUGCUGCUUUGAGAACUUUAUUCAAUGUGUAUUGGCUCAGUGCUUGCCACUUUUGUACAGUAGAUGUAAAUAAUAAUAAAACACAGGAGUCAUUCAGAAACAACGUGAAAUAUGUGGCUCAGACAAACAAAUUACAAAUUUCUUGCUGUUGAAUCAACAUUAGAUGUGCCUCCCGUGAAAUGACAUCGCCAUGAAAUUGUUUAUGGAGCCCAUGGCCAAACCACACCUCACUGCUGCUUUUGCACCAACUUCUGCCAAUGUUUCCUGUUGUUAUUGGUAAUUGGCUGGAUUUCAUUGACAAUGGCACUUGAUAUUUACUGUGAUGAACAUUUGUGGGCAACUGAAUCUGAGCAUUGCAGUGAAAAGUCAAAUGCAGCUACCACAUGAUCAGGAGAUAAACGGUAAACUAUGAAUUAAACCGUCUACACACGCUCAAAAGUGAGCAAUACUGGGGUACACAUAAAGAGUUGUUACCAUUUUUGUUAGGAAAGUAUUUAAAAAUGUUGGCGUUCUUAUUAGUCACCACAUUUAAUAGAAAUUAGAAACAUACAUUUUGCAGUUUCAUUCUACAGGGAAGAGGUACCGCUGUCCUCUACCAGGUGCUAAAUAACUAAUAUGGUCUUUUAGUUUAAGACAUGCACAUUUUCAUCAAUGCAAACACAGUAUGCAAGUAAACAGACAAAUCCGAAAGCCAUUCUCCAUUCUUUAAACAGGUUUGUUUUAGACGUAGACUUCCCUCAUAGAUUAUUCUUUUUUACCCUUUAUUGCAGACUCCCAACUAUGGAAAAUGAACACCAGACAAGUGCUUGUACAUUUUGGCCGCGGCUGAUGAGUCUCGGUACUCAGAUACAGCCAAUGUAUUUUAGAAAGCAGUUAGGCUGGUGGAAGCAAUGAAAGUAGCUGUUGAAUUUUGGCAUCCACCAGCUAUUUUAACCAGAAUGAGCAAUGAGCUUCCUACGCUGCAGAUAGUCCAAAAACGUCUUCUCGGAGAGGAUCCUCGGCCCUCCCCCCAUGUGAUGUGGACUUGGAGGCUGGCAGUUAGAUGACCUGUAAGACAGGUGGUUUUGUUUAACAUGUCAGUAAGUUGGUCUAACCUUAAGAGUUUGGCGUUGCUUUAGUUUUUCUCACUCAACAAAGUAGUCUCCAGAUGUCCGUUAACUUUCUACAUGCAGAGAAGAGUCCGCCCCUCGUGCACCGCUGCUUCGUGAUUUUGGUGUUGGCAAAGUAAAGCAAGGUGGUUGCAAGCUUAUGAUUUAGGUGACAAGCGCCAACAUCUGCUAGCGUUCUCGUACUGUAUAUGCUGCGGUAUGGUCUCAGUGCUUUAGUGGCUUCAGUUGGAGUUUGUUCAAAUGAUUUAAUGGCAGCAGUCUGAGUUUUGAGACUUGUGUGAAAAGAACUAUGUGGCCACCGGACUACAAUGUCUGUGAUCUGGAUUAGAGCUCAGACAACUAAGACAGUUGGGCUCUGGAUUUAUGUUUGAGAGUGCAACCCUCGUCCCUCAGAGAGUAGGCGGACUUCAGGACGUGUGCUUUUCCGAAUAAUCUCAUCUUCAUUUAGGUUGAUAUCUCAGCAAUUUUCUCUGCAGGAUUUUAAUUUUUGGAGCUUCCUCUCUUGAAUGUUUAAGCCUGCUGCUACUGCAUCAUGUUUAUAGCUGGGUAUGGGAAUGAUUACACAAUCAAUCAAGCGCUGGAGCAUCCACUAGUUGACAUUAAAAAUGCUAGCCACAUACACAGCUGACUGAGCGAAUGCCAAUCUUUGUUGAUGAUUCAUCAAAGAGUCAAGAUAUGCAACUUGUAUAUUCAUAUUGUGGAAACGUUUACCACACUAUGUGUAUUGUGUUUCUGGCAUUUGUAAAUUUUAGCUUGGUCUGUUACAUAAGUUAACAUUAAUUGGCAGUGAAAUUACUUAAAAUUCCCAUCCCUCCAUACAACAGCAAUGCAAGUUUUGCUAUGCCAAUUCUAUAUUUCCUUACAUUUUGCUUAAGUCAUUUAGAGGAUGAUAAACAGACACAGUAAAUACAUUUUUAAAAAGCUAUACAGUCAGUGCAGGUUCUGUAUGCUAAGCCACUUUAAGCUUUGCUGAUCAGGGUUUUAGCGAGAGCUGGUGGUUGGGUAUUUCAGUUUCUUCAGUAUUUGUUGUAAGUUGUGUGUGUGUGUGUGGCCUCAUGUGUAUGCUUUUAUGCACAUGUGUAUGGAAUCUGUCUGCAGCUACGCGUUUUGACUGGCAGAUACUAUAGCUUUGGCUGUGAUGUGCUGAGCGCUGUUGACUUGAUUUGUUGAGCAAAAUAAUGACAGGAUGCACAGAGGAAAAAGGAGCCAAGCUGGAGGAGUGAUUAACUGGCUCGUUGACCUGAAGAGACCUCCUCCCCUCCUUCACUUUGCCCUGUCUCCUCUGCUUUUCUUUAAACUUAACGAAUGCGUAUUCACUCACCGUGUGGGCCGAAAAUGACUGGGCUUUGCAUUGGAAUGGACUUGUUAAAUAAACCUAUGAUUCUUGGCCUGUUUGAAAAGCAUGUGAAGCUUUUCGUGGGACAAGCAUUGGAGAGCGGCAAGGAAGGGGUUCACUGCCGUGCGUCCCUCUUUGCUUACUUUACUUGACGCAGAACAGCGACGAUCUGCGGUCGCCAUGGGAGACCGCCGUAUCGCACCGCACUGCCCACAAAUGUUUGUCGUUGCAACCGUGUGCACUCAAGGCAGACGCAUGCUGUGACCUUUUGACUGUGUAGCAGUAUUGUUGUCGCCAUCUUUGUUACAUUUUGAAAUGACUCGCUUUUUUGAAAAUAAAAACAUUAAAAUGCUUUUUUUUUUUUUUUUUUUUUUUUUUUAAAUGGAUCGCAGGCUGUGACUGAAGAAUUGAUCAUUGUGUAUAGAUUAGAUAUCAGAGCAGCAUUUUUACCUAUUGACACAGGCCCCUUGGAGCCAAGGCCCAUCCCGUUAUGAUCAAUGAGGCAGUGUGUGCUAUGCAGCCUUGAAACCACCACCCUCACUGGUUUAUUUAUCACUGCCAAGCUGUUUGCGGAUGUGGCCGUUUUAAAUGCAGGGCCACUCAGUACCCAGUAGUUGUUUUUCAUGUAUGUUGUGAUUAUUGUGCAGCGCACUAAAGAGUGUGUGCUAACCUUGGCCUGUGUAGUGCAUACUAAAGAGGGGCCCUAAUAGGAAUGGAAUGACAGCUCGCGUGGAGAGGGGAGGACUGGUUGGCUGGUCACUGGAGAGAGAAGUAGACCAGUGUGUGGCCCCCUCUGGGUGCUCAAGCUGUGCAUUGGUGCUUUUUAUAGGGUCCCCUGGCCUGAAAAUGUCUGCUUUGGUUUCCAAGGUUGUCCACAGGGAAAUGCAUAUAAGAGUGAAAUGCAAAUAAGGAAUGCUUUAACAGGCCUAGUCCUAGACUUGCUCUUCUUUAGUUGCAUUUGGUUGGGUGUUUUCUGUGACCGGGUCCACUGCAGGAUCUGGUUACAUUGAAUGAACUUGAUGGGAGGGAUCAACUGAAUAUGAUUGCUCUCUUUUAAAGAGGAGGAUGAUGAUGUUGGUGUUUUUAAGAUUGGAGGAAUUGUGAAGGGUAGGUCAGAGAGAGAAGGAGGGAAGAAAAGAAAGGCAGGAACUUAAAGAUCUCUGAUCAGGUGUUCAUUUGUUGAUCGAGAAGAAAAACAGAAAACCUUUUUUCCAGUAGAUCUAGAAUCUUCCUUAAUAGUUUACUCUUAAAAGAAAUUCACACACUGUUUCUUUGUCUGGUUUCUUGUCUCCCUCUUCUCUGACUUUAUUAUACAUCUUUUGUUUAUUACAGAGUAUUAAACAAAUACAAGAGCUGUAAAAUCAGAUCUCUUAUUUUAAAAUUUUCUGUCUUUCUCUUGUGUCUGUUUUUAUGUCCUGUUUGUAUCCUCUUCCAUCAUACACGUGGAGCUGAUUGACUAUUGUGUGCUUCUGGGAUUGAAAGAAGAAAAAAAUGAAUACUUUUUUCAGUCAUUAAUUCUGAAUCUUGUUUCUGUUUGUUGUAUCAUGUCUGAGUAAAGGUUUUAAUACUGUA